AUGAUGGAAAACAUAAAAUCUCUUAAUUUUUUUAAAGUUGCUACAACUAUCAUCAUUUUAGUUUGGAAAAGUGAGAAUUAUGGUGAUUCGGAUAUCUUUAGUAUAUCAUUAAAUAAAAAUGUGAAUAGGAAUGGCGAAUGUGUUAAGAUUCAAAGAAUAUUAGCAGGGAAUAAAAGGAGAAGAGAUUCAAUAUUUACAGAUUCAGUUGAGGACUUGUUAGCAGGUAAUCAUCAUAGUCGAGGGAGAGAAGUGUUUGAUUACAAUGAUCAUAUGACGUCACGAUAUGAUAAUGAUGAAGAAGAUGAUGAUUAUCUAUCAUCACGAUAUGAAGUACACGAAUACGAUUUCAUGGACACACCUAAGAGUGAAAAGAUGAAUUCAAAACACAGAUCAUCAUCAAGAAAUGGUAGACUACAUGAUGAACGAGAAAAAAAUAAGAAAGUUCAAAAUAAAAAACAUGUCUCUAAUAGAAAUGAAAAAAAUCAUAAUCUUAGUGAAAAUAAUAUUUUUGAUUCACUGGAUGAUUUAGACAAUUAUGAAGGAUAUUAUUGGGUGGAUAAAAGAAUCAUGAAAAAAAGUGGAAAUAAAAAUUCUAUGAAAGAAUUGACUGCGCACGGUGUAGCAGCAUUAUCUCCACUACUUAUAUUGUCACUAUUUAUGUCGUCUACCUUAUUGUUUUACACUUUUAUUGGUUCCGUUUGUGGUGUGAUAGGAUAUGCUUAUAGAAAAAAAAACAAAAAUUCUUAUGGAAGAAGACAUGAUUUAUAA